CCAGGCAGUGGUUGCAACACCGCCGCGGAGGCAGCGAGAGGAGCUGACAGCGCGGAGCUGGCGCUGCGGAGCGCAAGGAGCCCUAUCGGUUUCUCCCGCCGACGUCUGCGAGGACAGCAGCGUCUGACCCGCCCGGGUUCGGAGAUUUAUACAGGCGUGGAGCAAUGCUUAUGGCUCUGCGGCUCCUCAAAGGCCCCUAGAAGCCUGUUCCUCAGCACAGUCCAGGACCUCUCCAGCCCCAUGGAGCCCCCGAUCCCACAGAGCGUCCCCUUGACUCCCAGCUCAGUCAUGGUCCAGCCCCUACUUGACAGCCGCAUGCCCCACGGCCGCCUCCAACACCCACUCACCAUCCUCCCCAUCGACCAGAUGAAGACCAGCCACGUGGAGAAUGACUACAUAGACAACCCCGGCCUGGUGCCCCCCAUUGGCCCGAAGCGGACCCGGGGUGGGGCCCCAGAGCUGGCCCCGACGCCGGCCCGCUGUGACCAGGACGUCACCCACCACUGGAUCUCCUUCAGCGGGCGCCCCAGCUCUGUGAGCAGCAGCAGCAGCACGUCCUCUGACCAGCGUCUCUUAGACCACAUGGCACCACCGCCCGUGGCCGACCAGGCCUCCCCCAGGGCUGUGCGCAUCCAGCCCAAGGCCAUCCACUGCAAGCCACUGGACCUCAAGGGCCCAGCAGUCCCACCGGAGCUGGACAAGCACUUCUUGCUGUGCGAGGCCUGUGGGAAGUGUAAGUGCAAGGAGUGUGCAUCACCCCGGACACUGCCCUCCUGCUGGGUCUGCAACCAGGAGUGCCUGUGCUCAGCCCAGACCCUGGUCAACUACGGCACCUGCAUGUGCCUGGUGCAAGGCAUCUUCUACCACUGUACCAAUGAGGACGACGAGGGCUCCUGCGCUGACCACCCCUGCUCCUGCUCCCGCUCAAACUGCUGCGCCCGCUGGUCCUUCAUGGGCGCCCUCUCCCUGGUGCUGCCGUGCCUACUCUGCUACCUGCCCGCCACCGGCUGCGUGAAGCUGGCCCAGCGCGGCUACGACCGCCUGCGCCGCCCUGGUUGUCGCUGCAAGCACACGAACAGCGUCAUCUGCAAGGCAGCCGCCGGCGACGCCAAGGCCAGCAGACCGGACAAGUCUUUCUGACACUUUGGGUCGAAGCCCCCGUGCUGCUACCCCUGGAACUCGGUUCCCUUCUGACACCUGAGAAGACCACAGCGAGGCCAGAGGUUUUAGUGUCCUGAGGCUGACCUUGCUGGUCUGCCCCACUCCCCAUCCUCAGCUUCUGAAGAAAUGAAGACCACCACCACCCCCCCUCUCUUCCCCAAAAGGAUGAAGAAGCACUUUGGGUGUUUUUCAGGGUCCCGGAACUUUGUGGCAGACAGUGGCAGGGGCGUGGUGUGGCUGCGGGGCAGGGGAGCGGGGGGAGGGGGGGUGUUCUUUUUCAGAAGACGGAACACAGAUGUGGACACAUAUCCGGAAGUUGCGGCUGCUUGAAUGCCUUCCCAGUUCCUCCUCCUUCCCCCUCUCCCCCUACUCUUCCAUUCUCUUUGGCUGCCUGGGAGGAAUCAUUUACUGAGUGACCAGGGGACCUUUGAAGAUGACCCCUGGAGCCCUGACUUUCAUACUUCUCCUCCCCCACCCUCCACCCCAGUUUGUCCCAACGCCUUGGGGAAGGCGGAGAAGACCCUGGUGAUCCCUGUUGUAUAUACUUGGGAGCCCCUGAGAGCCAGGGAGUCCAGGCCUCAUUCCUCGCUCUGCCUCCCGGGAGCCACAGAUGGACUUAGGAGCCACUGCACAGUGCAUUCCUCCCCUCCAGCUUCAUCACUAACUGUUGGGGGUGUUCAGCUCGUAACACCGUCCUUCGGUUCUUACCGAGUCACAGACUCACCUGCCACUAUGCGUCCCGUGUUCUCUCUACCUAGAUCCUUUCCAGAAAUUUCACGGUAGAGAAGGCCGGGGCGGCACAUGCGAGACCAAAUAUCAUUUUGCCAAUGAGUCUGAGACUGUGGUCUCUGGAUCCAGUCGUUAUGUUUUUAUAGAACAAUUAAACCAGAUGCUAUAACGGUGUUUUAAAGAGAAAUAAUAAUAAAACACUUGGCUUCCUUUUGGGCCACCCCCAGGAAGGGCUGAUUUCAAAAUCUGGGGGGGCGAGCAACCUCAAGGAACACAAUCCCCCUUCCCACCAAGAAGAGGAUUUUCACAGCAAAGAAGAGAGACAGCACCUCCCAUUGGCAGAGCAACAGUAGGGCCGAGCUGGGUGUGGGUUCCUUCUCUUCUGAUUCUGCUGCUUGCUGUCAUAGCCUUUUGUGUACAGUGAUGUGUCUGUAUCUUUAAUGUAAAUAGAUGACAAAAAAAGAGUCUAUUUUAGUGCUAGGAAGCCCUGGCGGGGGAAUAAGAAAGCAAGGGGGGGUGGGGAUUCUCCAGGGGCUUCUUGGGGGAUUGAGCCCUGCUUCUGUGCGUGGCCACAACACCCCCUCCCAACAGCCCCCAAAGACGUAGCAACUCUCUCUCUCUCAAGGUGCUAAAGGACUCAGCGCAGCACGUCCAGCGGGUAGGUACUUGUUGCAUGCAAAAGCUAUAUUGUGUCUGGUCCUUCCUCCCCAGUUGUUGUGUGGGGGGUCUUUGCUUCGUGUGGUAUUUUGUGUGUCCUCCCACCCCCAUGAGAGGAAGUGGCCUGGGUGGGAAAAGCUACCCCAGGUGAAACUGGAAGCAUGUUAGGCAGAGCGUGCACAGCGUUUCCAGUUUGUUCUGUAGGAACAGAACCACCUCCAGGAUGGAGGCAAGGAGGCAGGUAGCUGUGAUUGGCAUGCACCCACUGCUUCUCUAGGACUUUUUUUUUUUUUCCUUCUUGAAGACUAGUAGUAACAUCUUAUGAUUUAGAAUAAGUUCCUCGUAACUGUAGGUAUUUAUUGAUUGGAAGAAAGGAGGGGAGGGUCUUAUCAUUUUAGGCUUUAUUUAUAUAACGUUUGCUAGCUUGUAAAAUAGGAAAUAUCGCAUCUGCGUUUUCUAAGGCUGAUUCGUGUAGCUACCCUUGCCACAGUCGUGAUGGAUGUAUGGAUGUUCUUGCACAAAUAGGAGGGAAUGGUAGGAAAAACACAUUCAACCAACCACUUCUACUAACUGAAUGUAUCAGAUGUGUACCGAAGGGACUGGAGAUGUUUUCCUCAGAAUAGGUGUGCAGAGGUUACCCCCACAAUGGAAGGGCACGCAUCCACUCUUGUUGGCGAGGCCUCAGAACUUUUCCCAGGGUCCCUCUCUCAAAAUGUCUCCAUGGGGAACUUGACCCAAUGGCAAGUUGCACUUUGGUGAUCUUGGUGUUCUACACACCCAUUCUGUGGAGAAUUUACAUAAGCUGUGUAUACACACACACACAAACUACACACCUACCCCACGACCCUCUAUCUACACAGACCCUGUUUCCUGGCAAACAGCCUCCUGACCCCUGACAAAUCCUGACUUUUUGUGUACAUAGUUAUAAACACGGAUUUUUCUGGUUUUGGGUUUCUUUUUACUUUUUUGCUUCCCCAUUUUGGCUUGUUCUUUUGGUUUGCAUUUCACCUGCUAGAUGGAUGUGUGCCAAGCUCCCGGGGUCCCCUGUGCUCCAUGGUAAAGGGAAGCCAUGUAGCAACUUUGGUUCUCCCAGCUCUGUUGCAGGGCAAGUCUUUGGCAUGUUUUUCUCAGCUUCUUGGCAUAAGAAAAUGAAACUGGCUUUCCUGGGGGCCAGUCGAGGUCCACUGAGGAACACGUUUUGGUGGGUGCUGCUUCUGGCUGAUUGUUUCUGUCACCAACGGCUGGCUUGGCUGGAUUGUGCCUCGUCUUGACGUUUUUGGAAAAGAGCCAGUUGGUUCCUGCUUCUGUUCAGCCUGGGUGGGUGGUGGUUCUGCCUCCAACUGGGGGUAGGGUCCACAA